AUGCCAUCAGUGGUCGCUUCUUCAGCAGCUGUUGAGGCGAAGGAGGUGUCCCCUCCGAGUCAACCGAACGACGGUUCCGUGAAAGCGGCUGCUGCUCCUCCUGCCACGUGGAAGGCGAGCAUUGACUUCAAGUGGGUACGGGAGAACCGGGACCUGAUGGAGGCUAAUGUCAAGGAACGUCAGUCCAAUGCUGACGUGGCUCUUGUCGUGGAGCUUUACGAAGACUUUGUUUCAAAGAAUUUGGAGGUGGAUCGGCUACGCGCGGAGCGGAACAGAGUGGCGAACGCGAUGAAGGCCAAGCUGGAGGCGGAGGAGAGGGCGAGGCUGGUGAGCGAAGGCAAGCACCUCAAGGACGUGCUCGCGGGUCUCGAGGCCGAACUGGGGGAGGUGGCUUCUGAGCUGCAGCGGGAGGGCCAGCGCCUCCCCAACUUGACCCAUCCUGACGUGCCACGUGGCGGAGAGGAAGUGGCUGUCACUUUGCGAACGGUGGGCGAGAAGCGCGCGUUCGCGUUCCCCCCGAAGGACCACGUGGAGCUCGGUCUCGCGCUCGACCUCUUCGACUUCGACUCCGCUGCCGAGGUGAGCGGCGCCAAGUUCUACUAUCUGCGCAACGAGGCGGCGCUGCUGGAGAUGGCGCUGAUCAAUUGGGCUCUCGCGCUGCUCGUCGCGCGCGGCUUCACGCCCGUAUCCACCCCCGACCUCGUGCGCGCGCACGUCGUAGAGCGAUGCGGCUUCCAGCCGCGCGCUGCCAACACGCAGGUGUAUUCAGUGGAGGGGUCGGAUCUGUGCUUGGCCGGCACAGCAGAGAUUCCCGUGGGCGGCAGCUUCAUGGAUAAGAUCUUGAGCGAAUCAGAUCUGCCACAGCGCGUUGUGGCCUUCUCCCACUGCUUCCGCACAGAGGCUGGCGCUGCCGGCUCUGCCACCAGGGGGUUGUACCGCGUGCAUCAGUUCAGCAAGCUGGAGAUGUUUGUGGUGUGCCGCCCGGAGGACAGCGAUGCCUUCCACCAGGAGCUCAUUCAGAUCGAGGAGGACAUGUACACUGCUCUCGGACUGCACUUCGUUUUUACUCUUGUUCCCCCCAUUGCCGACAGCACUUUGGACAUGCCAACAGCUGAUCUAGGUGCUCCUGCCUAUCGCAAGUUUGACAUCGAGGCCUGGAUGCCGGGCCUCAACCGAUAUGGAGAGGUAUAG